GUGAUGUUGACGCAAGUUGGGUUUCUGUACUGCACUUCCUACGUCAUCUAGUUCGCGAGGUGGUGGAGGUAGCGUCCAGUUUGGUCAGCAGCAGUGGCAACUUCUGUCUCCAAAUUGCGCUUCCAGGUGGCAUGGAAGACGCAGCAGGGACUCCCGGCGGUGGUGAAGGUCGUGCGGGGCUGGACCGCUGCUGCCUCUGGAGCACGCGCGCCCUAGACUGCAGCGGGCUCUGCAGUACCUGCUGCUGAGGAGCUGGUGGUGAUCUACACAGCAGAGCUUGAAAGCCUGAUCCUGCUUGGGGACACAAACACACUCAGGUUGCUUCUCUAAACCCUCACAUUCUUCCUGCUGCUGGCACAUGUUUCAGCACUGAAACAUAGCACAUAUGUUUCAGCACUCUUCACUUACAGGCAGACACCACUUGAAGUCUAAGUCUAUGAAGCAUCUGUAUAACUUUCCUUGCAGGAAAGGAGACCUAAGAUUAAGGAAUUAUUAAGGAAAAAAAAAAGAUGGAUUCACAAGACUGUGUCCCAACAAAUUCAAAGCAAGAUAUCAGCCAUCACAUAAAGGGUAGCUCUGGUAAACAUUAUCUUUGUGGCUAUUGUGCAGCCUUCACCAAUAUAGCAGUCACCUUUCCCAUCCAGAAGGUUCUCUUUCGACAACAGUUGUAUGGCUUGAAAACAAAGGAUGCAGUACAUCAGCUGCAGAAAGAUGGAAUUCGAAAUCUCUAUCGUGGAAUCCUUCCGCCAUUAAUGCAAAAAACGACCACCCUGGCUCUAAUGUUUGGCUUGUAUGAAGAUUUCUCCUCCUUGCUCCAUAGCCACACAAGUGCACCUGAACUCCUCACUCGCAGCAUGGCAGCAGUGCUUGCAGGGACCACAGAAGCCCUUCUUACACCUUUUGAGCGAGUCCAGACUUUGCUUCAGGACUACAAACAUCAUGACAAAUUUACAAACACUUACCAGGCUUUCAAGGUACUGAAAGUCUAUGGGAUUAGAGAAUAUUAUCGGGGUUUGGUUCCUAUUCUGCUCCGGAAUGGAACCAGUAAUGCACUCUUCUUUGGCCUACGAGGACCUAUCAAACAGUGUCUGCCUGAAGCAACUUCUUAUAGCACUCACUUGGUCAAUGACUUCAUCUGUGGAGGGCUGUUGGGUGCUGUGCUGGGAUUCUUAUUUUUCCCAAUGAAUGUUGUAAAAGCUCGCAUGCAGUCUCAAAUUGGUGGCGAAUUUCAGUCUUUUUCAAAAGUUUUUGUGAAGAUCUGGCUAGAACGUGAUAGAAAAUUGAUGCAUCUUUUCAGAGGAGCCCAUCUGAAUUACCAUCGUUCUGUCCUGUCCUGGGGCAUAAUCAAUGCAACAUAUGAAUUCUUGCUAAAGCUGUUAUGAAAAAAAGUUACCUUCCUUUGAAGCCCCUCUAUUCACUUGGGUAUUAGCACGUUUGAGGUCACUUAGUCUCUAGGAAUAGAUUAGUUUAUGGAACUUUCCAUGAAUAACGUGGAGUACCAUGAAGCUUGGAGAGAAUUCAAAGCCGCAGUUACAUUUUAGUAGAGAGAUAAGUGAUCUUGUUAGUGGCUGGUUAGUGUGAAAGGUAAUUAGUCUUAUUAACAGCCUUGAAUAUUUAUGGGGUGAAUAGCAAUGUGUCUAAAUCUUGAUGCAAUUGAAUAUACUUCUAAACAAGUUAAAGCAUUUAUAUGUUGGUGGAUGAAUUUACCCACAGUGGAAUAACAAGACAAAUGCAGAGUAAAAAAAGAUUUGUAUAUUGGUCUAGUAGUUUACUCCAUAUCACUCCCAAUGUUUCUUAACGCUCCCAGUGAUCAAGCAUUUCACUCUGUGCGUUGUAUAACAUGAAAGUCAAGAAAGGGCCGAUGGAAGCUACUUCUCUUGCUUGAUACACUACAAAGGGAUGAUUAAGAACUAAACUUCCAAAUGUUUGGGGGUUCUAAAUUAUCUUUAGAGUUUAAAUCGAAGCUGCCAAUUUCUGAUGAGGAUGACUUUCUUUCUGAACCCCAAGUUUAAACUAAGCCUACACAAAGUAUUUUGCCAACCAUUUUACCAUUUGACUUUAACACAAACAUAAUCUCAUUCAGCAACAUAAGGGUAGCUACUGAAUAUUUAACUUCAGUAUUAGCUGACCCAGUGCAAAGUGGGAUUGUGCCUAUGUAUGUGUGCGCCUUGAUGUAAAAAGGGAAAGGUGGAAGGAGCGAAACAGCAAUUUUAUCUCAAGAUUUAAGUGUCCUUCCUUGUUGAAAGACCUUCUAUUUGCAAAUUUGGUAUACUCAAGUUUUCUGCUUUUGUAUUGCUUUGUUUCUGUUGCAAGCAAAUGAUACCAGAAAGAAGAGCUCUUCCUGUAAUGCGGCUUCCUCUGAUUGUCAAACUAGUUCAUGAACAGCUUUUCGUACUGAGGUAUCUUAGGUCUUUUGCAAACUAUUUUUGUUUCAUUUGGGCUGUGGCAGAAUUGUACAUCAGCAUUGACAAAGUGUAAGGGAAUCUGGGUAUAAGCACUUAAGGCCUUAAAGAAAGGGAAAGCAAGGGGGUAUUAUAGAUGAAAGUUCAAGCUUUUGGAAACUUCUGAAUUGUUCUUUUCCUAAGCUUUAGGGUGUCUGUUACUUUUUUCUUUCAACUUUUCAUUUGCUAUAGCUGUCUCCAAAGAUUGGUCCUAAACAGUACGUUGUACUUAUGAUUAUAUAGUACGUCAAAAUCAAGAACGGCCAAGCACAAGUGAGUAUUGAGAUCUGAAUGCUGUGAUUAUAUGCACUUAAAUGUCUGUUGAAUGGGGUUUUUUUGUUUUUUUUUUAACUGGCAGAAUCUAAUUUUACCAGUAUAUUGUCUCUUGUAAUCUUCUUGAUGGAAUAAAAAACCCAUAAAUCCUG